AUGGUGAAGGCUCAAGUUGAAGUAAAAGGCAAAGCAAGGAGAGGGAGACCUCCCAAAAACCUUAAUGUUUCUGAAGCACCUGAUCUACACAGACCUUGGUUUCAAGAGCAACAUCUAUCACUCACACCAUCAACCUUGAUCGGCCAACUAUCAGAUGAAGCUCUCUUGGCUGAUUUUGUAUCACACACUUCCUUGGACUCUUUUACCAUCACAGUGGCUAAUGGAAGACAAGCCCGACAGAGAAGACAACAAAUCCGCAGAAGUAAACGUGACAAGUUACCACAGCAAGUAAAGAGACGAAAACCAGAUGAUAAUAAGUGGGAAUUAGUAACAUGCUCUGCUUGUCAAGCUAUUGUCUGGGUUGGUGAAGCUGUUGUGAAGGAGACACGAAAUUCCCCCAGAAUGUUUAGCAUAUGCUGUCAGCAAGGACGUGUUAAGCUACCACCUAGGCGUCAGCCACCAUCGCCACUUAAAGAACUUCUUGAUAGACCCAGUUUUAUGCUACAGAUCCGAGUGGCUAAUGGAAUGUUAUCAUUCACAUCAAUGGGUGGUCAGAUUGAUCACACUGUGACAGGCACUCCUGGUCCCUUUGCAUUUAGGCUCCAUGGACAAACCCACCACAGGAUUGGCUCUCUUCUCCCACCCGAAGGCAACACUCCACAGUUUCUGCAGUUGUAUAUAGUGGACACAGAGAAUGAGGUAACAAACAGGAAGAAGGCUUUCAGCAAAGGUACAUCUUCUGUGGAGAUUGAUGACAAUUUGAUAGCUGGUUUAAUCAAGAUGCUGGAUGAGAAUAAUCACCUAGCCAAAACUUUCCGGCAUGCAAGGGAUCGUCUAUUAUCUGGUGAUGCAGUUGAGUUCAGUAUCACUUUAGUUAAUCAGAAGCAUAGAGGAAGGCAAUAUGACUUGCCAACUGCUGGAGAGAUUGGUGGCCUAAUAAUUGGUGAUUUCAAUUCAGAAGCUGCAGGUAAAGACAUUGUGCUUGAGUACAAAUCAUCAAAGCUCCAGAGGAUAAGUGAUUUACAUCCUCUAUUCAUGAGCCUUCAGUACCCAUUACUCUUUCCAUACGGAGAGUACGGUUAUGACGAGAGAAUUCCCUAUGAUGUGUCUGUAAACUCUAAAAUAAAAAGAGAAUGUAUGACUAUGAGAGAGUACUACGCUCACCAGAUCCAAACGAGGCCAUCUGAGGGUAUGACUAUCAUCAAGUCAGGAAAGCUACUGCACCAGUAUAUUGUCGAUACUUACACUGCAACAGAACAGGAGAGGCUUCGAUUUCUCAGACUUAACCAGAAACAACUCCGGGCUGAGUUAUAUACAAACGUCUGCGACGCCUUAGAAAGUGGAGAUACGGAUGCUGCCCACCUAGGGAAAAAAGUCAUAUUGCCUUCUUCAUUCACUGCAGGACCACGCUACAUGUCUGAGAAAUAUCAAGAUGCCAUGGCUAUCUGUCGUUUUUAUGGUAACCCCCACCUUUUCAUCACAUUCACAGCUAACCCAAAUUGGGUUGAACUGAAAGAACACCUAGACGCCUAUGGAGGCGAUUCACCCAACAACAGACCAGACCUUGAGUGCAGAGUUUUUAAGCUCAAGUUAAACGAGAUGCUGUCUGACUUUAAGAAAGGGGUUUUUUUCCCAAAAACGGCUGCAGUUGUAUACACAAUUGAGUUCCAGAAACGGGGACUCCCACACGCCCAUAUUCUUCUGUGGUUCGAAGGUUUUAAAGGAGAAUCCACUGCUGCAGUUAUUGAUCAGUACAUAACAGCUGAACUACCUGACAAAGACACAGACAGAGAGGGUUUCGAGUUGGUUGAGAGGCACAUGGUUCACGGGCCAUGUGGAAACAAACGCCCUCAAUCACCCUGCAUGGAGAAAGGAGAGUGCACAAAGAAGUACCCGAAAAACUACUCAAACACCACAAAGAUUGACAAGUCUGGCUUUGUUGUUUACAAAAGACGAGCUCAGAGUAGCUCAUACGUUCUGAAAGGAACAGUAGAGCUAGACAAUCAAUACGUCGUGCCACAUAACCUCCCCCUCCUUAAAAAAUAUCAAGCACACAUCAAUGUAGAGUGGUGCUGCAAGACCAGCGCUAUCAAAUAUCUCUUCAAAUACAUAACAAAGGGUGUAGACCGAGCACUGCUACUGCUUCAGGAAAAGGGGAAGAGCAGAGAAGAAAUCGAGAAAAAGAAACAGCAUCUUGAGCUUGAUGAGAUAGAUCGAUUUCAGGAGUGCCGGUAUAUUUCAGCUUGUGAAGCCUCAUGGCGUCUGUUUUCUUUCCACAUCCACCACAACGAGCCUUCAGUGAUGAAACUCACACUUCACCUUCCAGGAAAGCACAGAGUUGUCAUUGAUCCAACUAAGAGAUUAGAAGAAGUUCUCUCAAGGGAUGAUAUCGAGAAAACAAUGCUCACUGCGUAUUUUGAGGCAAACCAGAAAUAUGAAGAGGCCAGAGAACUUACGUACAUUCAGUUUCCAUCUCGGUUUGUGUACCACAGUGACAUAAAAGAAUGGACACCAAGAAAGCAGGGCACAGCAAUAGGACGAGUCGCCUAUGUUCAUCCAGCUGCAGGCGACUUAUACUACCUUAGAAUCAUCGUCAACGUUGUUAAAGGGGCCUUUGGUUUUGAGCACCUCGCCACUGUAGGAGGUACAACGUUUGAGGAGUAUCGGGAUGCAUGCUAUGCGCUAGGUUUAUUGGACGACGAUAUGGAAUGGCAUGAUGCUAUAGUUGAACCAUCCUACUGGGCAACAGGUCGUCAGCUAAGGAGGUUAUUCAUCACUAUCUUGAUCUACUGUGAAGUUGGAAACCCUCCGAAGCUUUGGGAUCACGUGUGGAACAUAUUGGCUGAAGAUAUCUUAUAUAUGAAACAGAGAGAAUUCAACUUUCCGGGCUUGAUUCUACAGGAUGAGGAGCUGAAACAGUAUACACUAAUGGAGAUUGAAAGACUCCUAAAAGAGAAUGAUAAAUCUCUAGCUGAUUUCCCCGGUAUGCCAAAGCCAAACAGCAGUGUUCUUCAGGAAAUAUCAAACACGGUCCUGCGGCAUGAGCUAAACUAUGACCGUGAGAAAGAAGCAGCAGAGCAUGAGAUACUUUUUAGCACCAUGAAUGAGGACCAAAAAAGCAUUUACAGCUCGGUCCUUGAUUCUGUCAACAACAAAGCUGGCCAGUUGUUCUUUGUUUAUGGCGCUGGAGGGACCGGGAAGACUUUCUUAUACAAAACAAUCAUUGCAAAACUCCGAUCAGUUGGUAAAGUUGUCAUACCUGUGGCAUCAGCUGGGAUUGCAGCAUUGUUAUUACCAGGAGGAAGAACAGCCCACUCUCGCUUCAAACUCCCUCUCACUUUGACGGAGACAACAAUGUGUGAGAUUAAAUAUGGUUCUAUGUUGGCAAAUCUGAUUUCCAAAACAGACUUGAUCAUAUGGGACGAGGCUCCUAUGGCUCACCGUCAGGCUUUUGAAACGCUGGACCGCACACUUAGAGACCUACAAGCUAUGGAGGAUCCAGCAGCUGCUGAUAAACCUUUUGGUGGAAAGACCGUGCUUCUGGGGGGUGAUUUCAGACAGAUUUUGCCUGUGAUAACUCAGGGUUCUAGGCAUGACACAGUCAAGGCUUCAAUCAGUAAGUCAUACCUAUGGCCCUUUGCACAGAUCUGCACUUUAACCAUCAACAUGAGACUGAGCCAAGCUGACAAAGAAUUUGCGAAGUGGAUACUAGAAGUUGGUAAUGGAACAGCGCCAACUGUGGCAACAGAGGGUAGAUGUGAAGAGGAAGGUGACCAGGUUAUAAUACGAGAUGAAUUCAUGCUUCCAAGCUCUGGUCUUCCGCAUCAGACGAUCUCAGAUGCUGCUUACCCAAACUUCGUUAAUAACUACUUAAACAGAACCUACUUAACAGAGAGAGCUAUCUUAGCACCAACAAAUGCCAGUGCCCACGAGAUCAACUCCUACCUUCUAUCUAAGGUUCCAUCGGCAGAGAAAGAGUAUUUAAGUUCUGAUAGUGUUGCUUUUGAGAGCACACCAGAGGAGGACUGGACAAAUAAUUACACUCAAGAAUACUUAAACUCGCUGGAGUUUCAAGGUUUGCCAACCCAUAAACUAUGUCUGAAAGUUGGGGCUCCUGUGAUGAUGUUACGCAAUCUCGACCAGUAUAAUGGGCUAUGCAAUGGAACACGGAUGGUUAUUUCACGGCUGGGGCACAGAGUUCUAGAAGCUGAGCUUUUAACAGGGACUCAUGUUGGAGAUAGAGUUUUGAUCCCAAGGAUACAGUUGUCCCCAACAGACAGUAUACAUCCGUUUACUUUCCGCAGAAGGCAAUACCCAAUCAGACUGUGUUAUGCGAUGACUAUAAAUAAGAGUCAAGGACAGAGUCUAAAACAGGUUGCACUCUACCUUCCAAGACCAGUAUUUAGUCAUGGCCAGUUGUACGUUGCGCUCUCACGAGUCACGACUCCAGAUGGAUUGAAGAUACUUGAUGACAGUGAGAACACGACAAGGAAAGACGUUGUUACUAAUAUUGUCUACAGAGAAAUAUUCACUAAUCUCAGAACAAGUAUACACAGCAGGAGGGGAGUCCGCAAUCUCCUGGCCGCCAUCCCUCCUCUAUCCAGCUCUGCCGCUGUUCCUCAUGUCUACAGGAACCUCAAUCUCCACCCGCUAACCGUUCAUCCACGAGCCACGUUCAACAGAUAUCACAUACUUAUGGAACGGUGCCUCGCCAGCUGUAACUUGCAUGCUCACUACAUACAUGGAAUACAUGAAUAUUUCGAGAACCAGAACAGGGACGUGGGCUUGGACCAUAUACGCAUUGCAGCUGAGGGUUUUUACGAUAACGCUAUUUAUCUUUACGGUAUAAUUAUGUUAUGUAGUGGAGAGCCAGCGAUCGGAGAAGCAAUGCUAGACUCGCUUCAAUGGAGAGAGAACAAAUCAAGAGCUGACAACUGCUGGAGAAGGAUCAAAAGAUCAAUCCAUGGCAUAACAGACACAACUUCAGUCUUACAGGACCGCUUACGUGAACAAAAGAGCAACCAUAACUUGCCACCUAGACAACUUGCGCAAUAG